CUUGCAAGUUGCAGUAGUGAUCAAAGUGGUCACACAAUUUACUGCUUGACCUUGUUUCAAUGUCUAUGUGCCUUGAUUCUCCAUGCCAUGAUUAUCAUCACUAUGUCUAGCCAAUCAUAGUGACCUAUAAAUGACCAAAUGUUGUGUUACUUCAGUUUGCAUGCCUAGCGAGGUAGGAGCACUUUAAAAUUUCAUAUUGUACUAUAAAUAGCCAAAUAUAUUCCCACUCCAAGUGCUUCUCACCUUAGAUAGCUAGAACCCAGGAGCUUGACUAAACGUGAUGUUUUUGCAGAGAAUUACUCUUUUCUUAAUUUUCAUCACAUGUUUGUUCUUUCCCACAAUUCGUGGCAAACUUCACAGUCAUGCAAACGGGAAGCAAUGGCUUCCAAUGUCACGUAUUUGGUUACCACCUUCUCCUUCACCUGAGGUUGUUAGCCCAAAUGCCAAUGGACCUUUUGUUUUCAAUGUAAAAUCCUUUGGUGCUGUUGGGGAUGGUGUCUCUGAUGAUACAGAAGCAUUUAAGUUGGCCUGGGAUGCAGCAUGUCACGCCGAAGAAUCAGGAACUCUUUUUGUUCCAAAGGGUCAUAUCUUCAUGAUACAAUCAACUACAUUCACAGGACCUUGUAAUUCUAAACUCACUUUUAAGGUUGAUGGUACUAUUUGGCCCCCGGAUGGACCGGAUUCAUGGCCAUUGAGUAGCAGAAAGAGACAAUGGCUGGUUUUCUAUAGAAUAAAUGGAAUGCUAAUGCAGGGAAGUGGUCUUAUUGAUGGAAGAGGAGAGAAAUGGUGGAAUCUCUCUUACAAAUCACACAAAGGAGCUAAUGGGGCAAAACAGCUUGGACCAGGUGAUCGUCCAGUGGCCAUCAGGUUCUUUGAGAGCUCCAAUUUGAGAGUGGAAGGACUGAAAAUCAAGAACAGUCCUAAAUUCCAUUUCCGAUUUGAUGAAUGUCAAAAUGUCCAUGUGGAAAAGCUUAUCAUAAAGUCACCUGCUCUAAGUCCCAACACCGAUGGAAUUCACAUUGAAAACACAACUAAUGUCAAUAUUCACAAUUCAGUCAUUUCAAAUGGUGAUGACUGUGUGUCCGUUGGUGCCGGUUGUUACAAUGUGGACAUAAGGAAUAUAACAUGCGGUCCAAGUCAUGGAAUAAGCAUUGGCAGCCUAGGAAAUUACAAUUCGCGAGCUUGCGUUUCCAACAUAACAGUGAGUGAUUCAAUUAUUAAGCAUUCUGAUAAUGGGGUUCGGAUCAAAACAUGGCAGGGUGGAAGAGGAGCAGUGUCUAAGGUAGUCUUCAACAAUAUUCAAAUGGACACUGUCCGCAACCCAAUCAUCAUAGACCAAUACUACUGCCCCUCCAAGAACUGCCACAACCAAAGCUAUGCGGUUUCAGUUUCCAAUGUUUCAUACUCAAACAUAAAGGGUACUUAUGAUGCGAGGUCCCCACCUAUGCGUUUUGCUUGCAGUGAUUCUGUUCCAUGCACAAACCUCACGCUAUCUGAAGUGGAACUGCUUCCAGCUGCGCACUCACAGGGCAAGAUUUUGACCAACCCGUUUUGUUGGAAGGUUUAUGGAACUGUGCAGACACUCACAACACCACACGUUUUAUGCCUCUUAGAGGGAAAUCAAUUAACCUUAAAGCCUCGAGAUGUUGUUUGGUGUUAGACAAAAAUGAUCAAACAAAGGAUAUUUAUGACUACCAGAAAAAAAAUUGCCCUUGUCAAAAACGAAACUAGAUACAGGAUUACUAGGCUAGUGGCCACGAAGUUAUGCUUAUGCAUAUCAAUUUUACGUACGUGUAUAUAUGUAUCAUAUUAAUAAAUGAAAAGAUGAUUAUUGCAAA